GUGUGUGCUCUCAAAUGUGGAGGUUUUUGUAUGUGAAUAUGUUUGAUGAUGGUGUGCACAUCAGUUGCUCUCACAUAUAAGCAGUAUACAUCCCCUCAUCCCCUGCUGUGACAAUCGACACAUCUGUACAGUGGUGUUUGGUUUGGAGCAAGAUCGGGACUGUGCAUGCGUGUGUGUGUGUGUGUGUUAUGUGUGCGUGAGUGAGAGAGAGAGAGAGAGCUCCGAGAGACAACAACCCAAAUCUGUUGGAACUGUUGCAUUUUGUCAGGAGGUCACAGACAGACAUGCAGCUCAAUGAGGUUGACUUGUUUAUGAGGUAAAGCUAAUGGGCUGCUGUUUCUGAGCCUGAAAACAAAUUAACCUUCCCCAAAUUCCAAGAGCAUUGAACUGGAAAAAAACAUUUGCCCUUUUUUUGAGUCCCUAGCUGCUGCUAAUAACCAUAGUUUCGUGUAGGGUUGCAACUCAUUACUUUCAUUACCUAUUCAUCUGCUGAGCAUUUUCUCAAUCGAUCGAUUAUAAACAUCAGAAAACACCCAACAGUGCUCAUGGUAUUAUCCAAGGCUUAACAGUCAUGUCUUUAGAUGUGUUGUUUGGUCUGAUUAACAGUCUAAACCCCAAAUUUGUUCAGUUUACUGGACCAUUUCAAACAUGACAGCAUAAACAUACUGAAUGGGUCCUUCUGUAUUUCCUGUUGGUAUGUGUUGUGUUACAGUGUAUGUGAAUGACGUCAGCUGACAGGAAGUACACAUGGACCCAGACUGUUGCUGAGCAAUGCCAGUUAAACAGGACUAAGAAAAAUAGUGAAUUCUCACAUUUGACAACCUGAAACCAGAUGUUUGGGAUUUUUGCUUAAAAAAAUGACAAAUGAUUGAGUCACAAAAAAGUUGGUGAUAAAUUGUCCUUCAAUUGACGAUAAUCGUUGCAGCUCUAGAUUCAUGUAUUUUCUUUCUUUUAAAUGUGUGUUCUUCUUUUUGUUUCCCAGCCAAGAUAAGCUCUGUGUCUCGCUUGAUGCUCUGUCUGUGUUUAAGAUUGCUUAAAUCAGAGAUUGCAGCUUCUAUGGCCUCCAGUUGUUUAAAGGAGUACUCUUGUAUUAGGUUGGGGGACUCACAAGACACAGAUUUCAAAAGGUGGUCAUAACUGAAGCAGCAGGAGCCAAGAAAUCCUGACUGGUAUGGGUUCGAUUCAGUGUAGAAAAGACUCCAGCACACUGUCUAACUUGCAAAAGUAAUGAUUUUAUUGCUGCUGCUGAGAGGUUUCAGUGACUAGAAUUUCAUCAGGCCGUCAUCAGGCAAAUGAAGGCCUGGUCACUGAAUUGCUUCAGCAUUAAACAAAGUUUAUUGGUGGAGUUUAUUUGCCCCUAGAGAUGAACCAUCUUGUUUUCAAGGGGGUCCGACACAAAACAUAGAACAUACUUCAUUAUAAGGGACACAAUCACAACAUAAAACGUGCAUACAUAGCUCUCAUUUACCAACCCACCCUCACAUCAUUCCCAUAAGCCAGCAAUACCCUCACAUAAUAAAAUGGAUGUAUAUGCCACAAGACACCUGGAGCAUUAAUAUACUACUACUACCACCACUACUACAAUAAUGGUAACAUGAAUCUUUGCAGGUUAGACAGUGUGCCGGCACCUUUUCUACAAGUUUUAUUCUUCUCCCUCUCCUGUGCACCUGUUUGAAAAUAGAUGUGCGAAGUUUUCCUUCGCUAUGGGUUAAAUCUCAAAAACACUGGGUCCUACAUUUCCCAUAAUGCCACUGGAUAUUGUCUUUCAUUAGACCUUUCCUGCCUCCUUAAUCCCCCUUCUUUAAAUCCAUCAUGCCAGGUUUAAAAAUGUUAAAAAGUGUUGUGUCAGGCCCAGAAGGUGACGGGCGGGCUUCAGCAAAGCUCCCCCAGAGCUGAAUACCUCAGCUUCAUGUGUAAAGUCAGCAGAGUUUCCCUUUAAAACACCACUUGAGCCUCAUCUUUAUGAUUCAUUUAAGUUUAACUUUAGACUUUAAGAUGACACAACACUGACUGACCUGUAAUGUCACAAUGUGUGAUGACCAUGACCACCGCAACAUAUGUGUCAUAAAAUGGGAACGGGAAGUUUAGAUUGUUUUCCACUUUAAGCUUACCAAAGGGCAAUGUUGCAAAUGUAUAAAUGCAUACUGAUGGAUUGAAAACAAAUGACCUGACAUCAGAGGCAAGUUGAGGUGCUGAAAUUCAGACUUAAUGUCACUUGAGUGUUAAUUUCAACAUGAUUCACCCAAACACAACUACAAUGGAGAAAAUAUGUCAAGUCUUUCCACAGCUAACACUUUGACUGCAUUUAAUCUGGCUCAGCUUUGUUUCUAAAAAGCUAAUUGAUUUGCAGUCAUGAAGGAGAGAUUUGUCUAAGCAUGAUUUAAAGGACUAAAGUGGGAUCUGUGCUUGAAUCACUCGCCACGUGAAGGACAUAAAGAGGAACCGACUGUAUUUGCUAACGGUAUUGAAACUCACGAGUUUUCAAAGCCACUCAUACCCACGGCUUUGUUGUUCAUCUAAUUAAGACUACACCGGAGGCGUAUACAUUGCAGAGCUGUAUAAUAACUACAAAGACAAAACAAAUCUCCAGAUGCGCAGAGGAUGGCACGCAAAGCGGCUGCGCGCUUUUACGCGUGAAGUCGUCCAUGUGUCUCAAAGUGCCGCUGAUCGCUCAGAAAAGCUUUUGUUGGCGCAUUAAAAUAUUCCUAAACCGGUUCAGCUGACCAGCGUGGGGACCCAGCUUGGCAUAAUCCAUUACGUUGCGUUUAUUAUAUGAUUUAUGGUUAAGGAGAUUUUUUUUUUUUUUUUUUUUUUGGAGAUGCUCAGACCAAGGUUGAACUGUGUUUUGCUCAACGUCUGUUAGUGUAACUAUUUGCAUUAUGUAUUUGUAAAUAUGACAACGACAGAUCUUUAAUUGUGAAUAAAGGAAGUUUUAUCACAGGAGUCCAGUCAGUCAUGGAGCAGUUUGUGCCUGCUGAUCGCUCUCUGUCAGUCUGCAGGCGGCUAUGUUACGCAGUGGGACACUUUCUAAACGACCUGUGCGCCUCUAUGUGGUUCACCUACCUGCUAGUGUACCUGCACUCCGUGCUUGGCUUCCAGAGCAGGUAUGCAGGUGUGAUGCUGCUGAUUGGUCAGAUAGCGGAUGGAGUCUGCACGCCUCUGGUUGGAUAUGAAUCCGACAGAACACCGUGCUUCUAUGGCAGGAGGAAAACCUGGCAUCUACUGGGAACUGUUUGUGUUGUUGUAUCUUUCCCCUUCAUCUUCAACCCCUGCCUGGCCUGUAACAACAACACUCCUCAGUGGGCUCAAGUCGUCUACUUCUCCCCCUUCAUCAUCAUCUUCCAGCUCGGCUGGGCAGCCACUCAGAUCUCACACCUCUCCCUCAUCCCAGAGCUCGUGUCCAGCGAGAGUGACAAGGUGGAACUCACUGCGUACAGGUAUGCCUUCACUGUGGUGGCCAAUAUCACAGUGUACGCUGUGGCCUGGCUGCUCUUUCACUUCCAGGCUCAGCACACCGUGAACCCCUCCAUCACAGACAACCUGGGCCCUGUGGACAUCCCUCUGUUCAGGACGCUGGCCCUCAUUAUGCUGGGUACUGGAGCAUUGUUCUCCUUCAUAUUCCAUGUUUGCACAAAAGAAGAAGUGGCAGCCCCAGGGAGCGGGAAUCAGCCGAUCACACCUUCCUCCUCACAGGAAGCUGUGCCUCAGCCUGUAUUCCAGUGGAGGCAUUGGCUGAAGGAGGCAUCUUUCUACCAGGUGGCCUUCCUGUACAUGUGCACCAGACUCAUAGUCAACUUAUCUCAGACGUACAUCUCAGUUUACCUCACCAACUCGCUGAUGCUACCGAAGAACUUCAUUGCCAUCAUCCCUCUGGUGAUGUAUGUCAGCGGCUUUGUUUGCUCUCUGGCCAUGAAACCAGCCAGCAAGCUCAUAGGAAUCAGUACUACCUAUUUGAUCGGCCUGUUGCUGGUGAUUGGCUUCGCCACCUGGGUGUUUGUGGACAAGAGCAUGGGAGCAGAGAGCAUCUACGGAGCAGCUGUGCUGCUGGGAGCCGGUUCAGCCACAAUCCUGGUCAUGUCUCUGUCCAUGACAGCCACACUGAUCGGGGAGCAGACGCAAAGUGGAGCUUUUGUUUAUGGAUCAAUGAGCCUCACAGACAAGGUGGCUAAUGGUGUGGGGGUCCUCCUGAUUCAGAGCAUACGGCCAUGCAGCACGGAGGCCUGCUGCCCAGACUGUGUUUGGUUUUACCGUGACGUCAUGGUGACAGUAACCGGGGCUGUGGCCGUGGCUGCAGCACUUUGCCUGUUCACGCUUCUAAUCCGGCCAAUCAGGAUACGGAAAAGUUAGGGUUCAACAUCUGCACAACACUAACAUGUCUCAUAUCUGUGCACACACAGAAAACAACCACUUAUGUCAGACUGAAUAACCCACAGUGCAUAUUUCUGUUUGAAUCCACCAUUUCAGCUGCAUACAGAGCACACUUGUUUUAAAGGAGCUCAAGGAUUAUGCCUUACUCACCAAUCUUUCAAAAUAUUUUGGCGUACUUUACUUUUUGUUCAUAAAUAUUUUGAGGGGGAAGGAAAGCCUUUGUUGCUGGACAAGGGAAAUGGCCCCGAGGAUGAAGCCAUGCUACCACCCAGUGUAUGAAUCUGUAACUACACUGUCUCCUGGAGGGGCAUGUAGGCUUUUAAAACUGACGGUUACAGUGAAGGUUCCUCAUCAGAGAGGAAGCUUGUGAUCAUAGAAGGAUCUUUAAAUGCAUAGAUAGAUUUAGAAAAAAUGUAGAAACUGAAAUCAUAGUCACACAGACUCAAAAAUACAAAAUAUGCUAUUUCAUAUAGAAAUCUAGAAAUCAAAGUUAAGGGCAACUGAUGAUAGAUAGACCUACAUAUAUACAUUCAUACACACAUACAUGAGACACUUGUUGGAAAUAUAACACAAUCCAAUCUCUGCCUCGCCUUUCUACUGUGAGUGAAGCCAAAUGUUUUCGUUGACCUGGCAGCGAUUGUGGCGCUGAUCCAAGGAACUGAACUGGGUGAACUUGACACUUCUUGUGUGUGUGUGUGUGUGUUUGUUUGUGUGUGUGUGUGUGUGUGUGUGUGUGUGUGUGUGUGUUUGAGUGACUGUAAGCAGGAGUGUUAAUACCUUCCCGGACAUUAUUCUUUGUACCACUUGCUUUGAUCAUUUUUACUGUAAGAGAAAAAUAACCAAACAUUGGUUGGUUGGGAAAAUGAUUCUGAAAAUAAAAUGUACACACACAUACCUGCUCUGACCAAAGGGAAAACUACACAGCAGAGACACUGACAAGACACAGGAACUAAACUGAACUUAGUUUUGAUUCUUUUAUAAUGUUGCAUUAAUUUAAAAUCAUGUUGUUAUGUUAACAAACUGUACAUCUUUGUUUUUGUUCUUUAUUUUGUUCAUUCCUUGGUUAUGUUUGUAGUCUUUGUCUAUCGUAUGAAAGCUGCAUGUUUGGAUUUGAGCUACCUGAUCAUACCUGUCCUUCAAGAGGCAAUGAGAAAAAUGUUCAGAAAAUGACUUCAAAACCCAUUAUCA